AUCAUAAGAUUACUUCCGGGGCACCUCUGUGUUUCCGGACAAUCAUAGUCAGGUUAAAAGUCUCCAGCACGAUAGACAAAAAAUAAGAAUAAUUUGGUUGCAAACAGUAGUUGGAGUGCUCCAUCCCACCCUUCCCUGUCUCUGACUCACUUGUAAUGGCAGAACCACGCAGCCUUAUCUCCGCCUCCAUCCCCCAGACACCCCCUGGCAUCAUCAUGCCCCCAGCCGACGGCAGCGGCACGGCGGUGAUGAUGGACCCCAUAGAGUACACCCUACGCAAGCGUCUCCCCAGGAAGCUGCCCAAGCGCCGCAAUGACGUGUACGUCAACAUGAAGACAGACUUCCGGGCCCAGCUGGCCCGCUGCCAAAAGCUGCUGGAAGGAGGCCACGGAGAGAUCUGUGUCCACGGUCUGGGCCUGGCCAUCAACAGGGCCAUCAACAUUGCCCUGCAGCUCCAGGCCAGUAGCCAGGGGGCGCUACAGCUGGCAGCCAACACGUCUACAGUGGAGCUGGUGGACGAUAUAGAGCCUGAGGACCCUGACGAGGCGGGGGAACCCAUGGCGCGCUCCCGGAAUAACUCUGCUAUUCAUAUCAAAGUGUUCUACCCAGACCCACAGUGACCCAAAACACAACUAUUGUUCCUAGCUUGGAUAUGGCUAACUACCUCCAUUGAUGUGGUGUCUGUAAUAUCGUACUAAUGGAGUCUAGUCAUAUCAGGGAUACACCUAUUCCAUCCACCUGCAGUGGCUAAAACUGACAGUGUAGUUUAGAUGCAGGGAGAAUUAUCUAUGAACUAUUGGAAUCUCUUUCUCAUUUUUGUUACAUAUUUUGUCAUGCAUGAUGUCAGUCAGAGCAGUGUAUUUGUCAGUAUCAAGAGUGUGUUGUUUUAUGGCAUCGUCCUUCCCAGACAAUCCCUUACUGCCUGAAACAAACUCCCAUAGGAAAUGGGACAGACCACUCUAAGACCAACUCAUGCAAGCUACAAUACACCUGUUCCACAUGUGGGAAUAUGUUUAAUCUCUGAAAAGGAUGUGGAUUUGAAUCUUUCAUAAAAUGUAUUUGUUACACGUUUUUUCUUUUCUUGUAACACUGAAUAUUAUUUGACCAUGGGAAAUAAGUAAUAUUUCAGUAAUUUCUGGUCAAAUUUAAGUUUACAAACUAAGUCUGGGCAUGAGACAUGCCAAUCAUGUGUUUUACAUACCGAUUCCAUACAUUGAAAGCUAGCUCUGUCGAAGAGUCAAUAAAUGUACAUUAUUUAUUUGACUUUGGCCACAUUUUGUUUUUUAGCUUCAGUAUUUGAACAUGUAUAUACAGUAUUUAUUGUAUAUUUUCAAUCUCAUUUUUUUAUGUGCCAUAAAAUAGAGAAAAGUACUGGAGUUUGUUUAAUAAAACAUUAAAGUGCAAAACUAUAA